AUGGCAUACACGGCAGCGAAGAACGGUUGCAAAGGUCUCGUGCGAAGCGGUGUUGUUCAACUAUCCUCUAGCAAUAUCCGCGUGAAUGCUGUUGCGCCCGCGCUUUGGACUAGGUGGGGAUCAGAGUAUUAUAACCGCAGUGCUGCACUGGGGGAAGUUGCUGUUUUCCUAGCUUUGGAUCUGGCAGUGGUGAUUAACGGCCAGGUUAUUGUUGCCGACAGUGAAAAGUCGGUUGCGGCGUCUGGAGGUGCUGUGCUUUAA